UUUGCUUUACGCUUUAUCGUUGUUUUUUAUUUAAUAUUUUUUAUUUCUUAAAAAUAUAUUUCUUUAAAAAUAAUGUUAACAGAAAUUUAAAUACGUUCGCUCCCAAAUGCCGACGAUGAGGAAGGUUCCCACCCCGUACACACGAUAAGAAAUUGAAGGAAAAAGGCAAGUGGAAAGAUGGGAAAUCUGUCUAUAACAGGGAUGGCCUGUCACAGAUGUUGACAUAAAAGAAUGCUGGUCUUCAGCACAACAAGGAUUAGGGGGACACGAAGAUCCCGAACGACUCGACGGCAGGACGGGGAGUUGUUGCAGAGUAGACGACAAAAACAUGUGCACCGCUAGCCGUGCAAGAUAGCAGAGGAAAAGAGGAGCUCAUUGAACAUUGAUUUUAAAACAUUGACCAAAAGAGACUUUAAUUAUCGUCUGGUUGAAAGGAUGAAGGUCCUGUCAACCUUUGUGACAUUCGAGAACCUCCAUGAGGUUCGGCGGUUGUGCCACUGGGGUCCAAUCAUAGCGCUGUCUGUCAUCGCUAUAUGCUCGACCAUGGCGAUCAUUGACUCCAUUAUCUGGUACUGGCCUCUGGACACUACAGGAGGCAGCAUUAACUUCAUCAUGCUCAUCAACUGGACUGUACUCAUUCUCUACAAUUACUUCAACGCUAUGUUUGUUGGACCAGGAUACAUUCCUCUGGGCUGGAAACCCGAAAAUCAACAGGAUAUGCAGUACCUGCAAUACUGCAGAGUUUGCCAAGGUUACAAGGCCCCCAGAUCCCACCACUGUCGAAAGUGUAACAGAUGCGUCAUGAAGAUGGACCACCACUGCCCAUGGAUCAACAACUGCUGCGGCCACUUAAACCAUGCUUACUUCACCAGCUUCCUGCUGCUCGCCCCACUGGGAUGCUCCCACGCUGCCAUUAUCUUCAUUAUGACCAUGUACACCCAGCUGUAUGAGAGGAUAUCAUUUGGUUGGAGUACCGUAAAGAUUGACAUGAGCGCUGUGCGUCAGUUCCAGCCCCUCAUGCCCUUCAGUGUGCCUGCCUUUGCUGCAACACUCUUUGCCUUAGGUUUGGCGUUGGGCACCACUAUUGCUGUUGGAAUGCUUUUCUUCAUUCAAAUGAAAGUCAUCCUUCGUAAUAAAACCUCAAUCGAAUCCUGGAUUGAGGAAAAGGCCAAAGACAGAAUACAGCACUACCAAACAGGGGAGGAGUUUAUCUUCCCAUAUGACCUCGGCGGCCGCUGGCUGAAUUUCAAACAAUUCUUUACGUGGUCAGGGACACCGAGGGGGGACGGCAUUGUUUGGCCGGUUCAUCCCAAGUGUCACCAGCACACCUUAACUAUAGAGCAGCUGAAGCAGAAAGCCGAUAAGAGAGUGAGAAGUCAGGUCCAGUACCAGGUAGUGGAGGAUUACAAUGGAGCCUGCUGCCCUCUCACUAAGGGUUUGCAAACCUUUUUUAGAACCCCCUGUACCGAGGAGCCCAGGAUCCCCCUCAGUAAGGGGGAAAUCAUCCUGGCCACCCGUGGCACUAAAUGGUGGAUGUAUGGAGACAAAGUUCUGAGUGAGGGGGAAAUGAGAGCUGGAGAUCGCGUGCGGGGAUGGUUUCCCAGAAGAUGCGUUGAGAAGUGCCAUUAUGACACAGCUGCCAAUGAUAACACCAGCGAUAAGAAAGUAAAUUAAUGCGUCCAGGUGCUUUAUGAGGUUCAGGGGAGUUGAAUCGAACAGAAUGUCCAUCUACUGAAGAUGUCUUUCCUCAGGCUGCAGGAUAAGCUCAAAUAUGUCACCAUGUUGUUGGCAUAUAUUGACUUUAUUUCAAAUUUAUUAAAAUCUUGCUGAGCACUUGCUGUUAAAUAGAUAAAAAAGAGCAAUUUGUGUGAACAUUUGGUUUUGUCUCCUGAGUUAUAAAAAAAACCCAACAAGAGUCUUAAUUUUCAAGAAUUGCCAAAAGGCUUCUAUGUAACUUCAUUAUAAUUAUGUGAUGGUUAUAGUUGUUUUCUUUUUCUAUUGUUUUUCUUCUACUUAUGCAAUGCCUCUGCCCAGCUAACCCCAGGGCUCCGUAAUGCAAAUAUUUCUACAAUAUGAAGAUGAAAAGUCCUUCCUUUUUAUUUUUGUAAAAACCAAUUGUUUGCCUCAAAUUAUAGAUUGCAAAUUAAAAAAAAAGUCUUACUGAAACG